CUUCACUCUCUAAGUCAAGGAAGCGUUUAAAGACUGAACUUGUCAGUGAUGUGCACCACUGUUCCUCAGUAGCUCAGCUGGACUGUGAACUCACCAUGUUUUUCCACUGUGAACUGGUCGUACUGAUACUUGCACUGACUCUUGAUGGUCAAGUUCAUACAGGGCAAAUCUAUGGAGGCCAUGAGGCUAAGGCACACAGCAGGCCAUACAUGGUGCUGUUGGAGCGGCACACAGAGGAUGGUGGUAAAAAACACUGUGGUGGCUUCCUUCUGAACAAGGAUUUUGUGAUGACUGCAGCCCACUGCCAAGCCAAGUCCUUCAAAGCCUUGCUAGGAGUUCACGGUGUCCGUAAUAGUAAUGGAAUACAGCAUAUAUCUGUGGAAGAAGCAUUUCCACAUAAAGACUACAAUGAAACUGAAUUCAUAAAUGACAUAAUGCUUCUUAAGUUGAGCUCUAAGGUGCAUUUCAACAACAAUGUGAGACCCAUUGCUCUUGCAGACCAAGGUGAUGGCUCUCUGCCAAACUCAUGUUCAGUCUCUGGUUGGGGAAGAAAUGACAGAAACACAAAAUAUAUGUCUCUGAAGCUCAUGGAAGUCAAUGUAACACUCAGUGACAGUCAGUGGUGUCAUGAAAAAAAAGUGUACUGCUCUGAGGGAGAGGCUGGACCGGGUGAGGGAGACUCUGGUGGUCCGUUGGUCUGUGAGGAUGGAAAAGCGUACGGGCUGGUGUCUGCCUCACACAAAACAAACCCAGAUGGCCCAGAAAUCUAUUGUUACACUAAGAUACCUGAGUAUCAAGACUGGAUUAAACAGAUUAUUGGACAUAAUGGAAAGUUCUAAUGCAUCAGAUCACAACAUUUGAAUUUCAGGUUAUUGUGUAACAUUGCAGAAUUACAGAGCUGAUGAUUGAGAUGCCAGUAUCUACUCUGAUUCUAUUAUCACAGAGACUGCUAUGUUUAAGUCUGGGCUUGCUUGUUUAACACAAAUUUAAUCAAAAAAUUGAUUAUAUUUUUCUUUAUUUCUUACUACUUUUUUUUUUUGCUGCUGCUGCAGUGGGAGUAUAUCUGUCAAUAAACUUUAGGCUACUAUAAAGAAAUUAGGAAUGUAAACCAGUUUUCAAGCAUGGAUUUAAACAAGCCAAUCAUGAAGAAGACGUCAAGAAGUCUAGUGUAGCGUCAAAUCUGAAAUUUAAUCCUAGAGUUAGUCAGCUAAAUAUAUGUAAUAUCUAUUGUUAUAUAUAAAAUGCUUUGUGAAUUUUCUUUUAGACUAGAGCAAAUGAGAACAGAUUUGUUUUGUACCAUCUUGAAUCAUUAAACUGUUGGUCUCUCACAA